GAGAGCUUGCAAGGCCAGUACUGUGACAUCUGCUCCUCUGCAAACAGCAACAAGGCCCACCCCAUAACAAAUGCCAUUGAUGGAACAGAGCGCUGGUGGCAGAGCCCCCCUCUUUCCCGGGGGCUGGAGUUCAACCAGGUCAACGUCACUUUGGACCUUGGACAGCUCUUCCAUGUGGCAUACGUCCUGAUCAAAUUCGCCAAUUCCCCUCGUCCUGACCUCUGGGUGCUGGAGCGAUCGACUGACUUUGGCCUCACCUAUGAGCCCUGGCAGUAUUUUGCCUCUUCCAAGAGGGACUGCAUUGAGAAGUUUGGACUGCAAACUGUGGAUCGUAUCACCAAGGAUGACCAUGCCAUCUGCACUACUGAAUACUCCCGGAUUGUGCCUUUAGAAAAUGGGGAGAUUGUUGUCUCUCUGGUAAAUGGGCGCCCAGGAGCCAUGAAUUUCUCCUACUCUCCUCUCCUGCGAAAUUUCACAAAAGCCACCAACAUCAGACUGCGCUUCCUGCAGACAAACACUCUGCUUGGGCACCUCAUGGGCAAAGCUUUAAGGGACCCUACAGUGACAAGGAGGUAUUACUACAGCAUCAAAGAUAUCAGCAUUGGAGGGCGCUGUGUCUGCCACGGCCAUGCAGAUGUCUGUGAUGCCAAAGACCCUAGUGACCCUUACAGGCAGGAUGAGCACUUUGAUAGAGAUACCACAAGCAAGAGAGGAGACAGCCACAGAGUCCAGCUGCUGCUUCGGUGCCUGAUGCUGAAGAUAACCAGCAAGAUGUUAUUUAAAGACAACAGCAGCCUGGCUGGUCGGAAGGCAGAGCUGCAGGAGGAGUUCCCGUGGAAGCCUGCCACUGCGGACAGCGCAAACGAAUGCCAGCCUUGCAAUUGUAACGGCCAUGCCUAUGACUGCUACUAUGACCCAGAGGUGGAUCGCCACAAAGCCAGCAAAAGUCACGAAGACAAGUUUGAAGGGGGAGGUGUUUGCAUUGACUGUCAGCAUCACACCACUGGCAUUAACUGCGAGAGGUGCAUCCCAGGAUACUACCGGUCCCCUGACCACCCGAUCGACUCUCCAUACAUCUGCUAUCGCUGUAACUGUGAGUCUGACUUCACCGAUGGCACCUGCGAGGACCUCACUGGCCGCUGCUACUGCAAGCCCAAUUACACCGGGGAGCACUGCGAUGCCUGUGCUGAGGGAUACCUCAACUUCCCCCACUGCUACCCCAUUCCAGCUUUCGCCCACAACGAUACUGGAGAACAAGUGCUCCCUGCGGGACAGAUAAUAAACUGCGAUUGCUACGCCGGUGGCACAGAAGGCAACGCCUGUCGCAAGGACCCUCGGGUGGGGAUGUGCGUGUGCAAACCCAACUUCCAGGGAACACACUGUGACCAGUGCGCUCCAGGCCACUACGGACCCGGCUGCCAGCCCUGCCAGUGCUCCGGCCCCGGUCAGUACGAUGGCACCUGUGACAGUGAGACAGGGCAGUGUCUGUGUCGAACAGGAUUUGAAGGGCACUCGUGCAACCAGUGCGCUCCCGGCUACUUCAGCUAUCCUCUGUGCCAGCUAUGUGGCUGCAGCGCGGUCGGGACGCUGCCGGGAGGCUGUGACUCUGUCGGGAGGUGUUUCUGCAAACCCGAGUUUGCUGGGCCGCGGUGCGAGCAGUGCAGCCCUGGGCACCACUCCUACCCCCACUGCUAUGCUUGCUCCUGCGACUCCCGGGGUGCAGUGGACAACAACUGCAGCCCAGCUGGCCAGUGCCGAUGCCACGCGAAUUUUGCGGGACACGCCUGCAACCAGUGUGCCCUGGGCUUCUAUGGGUACCCCAGCUGCACACCUUGCCAGUGCUCCCGAGAGGGCUCUCUGCACAGCACCUGCGACCAGGAGACGGGGCAGUGCAGCUGCCGGCCCAGGGUGACGGGACCGCGCUGCGAUAGCUGUGUGCCGGGCGCCUAUGGAUUUCCGCACUGCGAAGUGGGCUCCUGUAACCCAGCAGGGUUGGUGACUGCAGAUCCCUCCCUGACCCCGGGCUCCUGCGCGUGUCGGGCAUACGUUGAAGGCCCAGCUUGUGACAGAUGCAAGCCCUUAUACUGGAACCUGACUCCCGAGAACCCCUACGGCUGCAUGAGCUGCAAGUGUGAUACCAAGGGCACCAUCAGUGGAAUCGCAGAGUGCCAGCAGAGCAACGGGCAGUGUUUCUGCAAACCGAACAUCUGCGGCCAGUUCUGCUCGGCGUGCAAGGAUGGCUACUUCAAUAUGGAGAGGGCGAAUUACUUUGGCUGCCAAGUGCGGCGGGGAUGUAAACAGGCGCUUUCUGCCCUCAAGCCGCCGUCCCUGGGGCCAUCCUGCGAGGAGCGGAGCGGAGCCUGUCGCUGCCGGCAGAGCACGCGCGGCCCCACCUGCACCCAACCUGCGCGGGACCAUUAUUUCCCUGACCUUCACCACUUGAAGUUCGAGCUGGAGGAAGGCACCACACCGGCUGGCCGGGCUGUUCGCUUCGGCUACAACCCCCUGGAGUUUGAGGGCUUCAGCUGGCGAGGAUACGCACAGAUGUCCUCCAUCCAGCCCAAGGUAGUGGUGACUCUCAAUGUGACCUCCCCCGACCUCUUCCGCCUCGUCUUCCGCUACGUCAGCCGGGGGCCCGCCAGUGUGGAAGGGAGGGUCUCGGUCGUUGAGGAAGGAAAGUUUAAUGUUUGUGGCAACUGUACAGAACAGACCAAGCAGAUUGUCUUUGCUCCCAGCACGGAGCCAGCCUUUGUCACUGUCCCCCAGAACAGCUUUGGGGAGCCCUUCGUACUCAACCCCAACACCUGGUCUCUGGUUGUUGAAGCAGAGGGUGUGCUGCUGGACUAUUUGGUUUUGCUACCCAGCUCGUACUAUGAAGCUCCAAUACUGCAGCUAAAGGUUACAGAGCCAUGUACCUACCAGCCAGCCCCAGAACAAGCCACCCAGAACUGCCUCUUGUAUAAAUACCUGUCUGUGGACGGCUUCCCUGCUGCUUCAGGGGUGGAUGCGGUGUGCAGGCUGGACAACCGGUUACCCAGAGUGUGUCCCACAGAGCAGCUCACCCCCUCCCAUCCUCAGAUGGCGACGUGCAGUGGCAGUGAUGUGGAAGUCCAGCUGUCCUUGCCUAUUGCCCAGCCUGGGAAAUACGUGCUGGUGGUGGAGUAUGCCAACACCAAUGCUUUGCAGACAGUGGGUAUUGCUGUGAGCUCACCGCACUUAGCCAUGCAGCAGGGCACGUUCAUCUUCUACCCGUGUGUCUACAGUUUCCUUUGCCGAGGGAUUGCUGUAGAUUCCCAGAGCCGCAUGGCAACUUUUGAACUUACCUCAGAGGCCACCAUUCGAUUCACCUCUGAUCUGGCUGACUUCUUCCUGCACAAAGUGUACCUCAUACCUGCUGCACAGUUCACCAUGGAGUUCAUCGAGCCAAAGGUGCAUUGCAUCAGCGUCCAUGGCACGUUCUCAUCCAACAGCAGCUCCUGUGUUCCCUCAAGGUUCCUGAAGCUUUCUCAGUCAAUCGUUUUGGAGGGGGGCCAGUCUCUGCCCAUCGCCCCUGACGUCCCCCUGGCUCAGGCUGUUCAUGUGGCUCCAGCUGGGGUCCCGGUGGAGCCUGCACCUCGGCCUCCCACGGCUGUGGACCCCACUGCAGAGCUCAUCCUCCUGCAACCACCGCAGGCUGCUGUUGUGUUCAACAGCCGGAUCCAGACCCUGGGACGCUACGCUUUCAUCCUACACUACUACCAGCCCAACCACCCCACCUUCCCUGUGGAAGUGUUAAUCAACGGUGGGCGCAUCUGGCAAGGUCAGACCAAUGCUAAUUUCUGCCCACAUGGCUACGGAUGCCGGAGCUUAGUGGUUUCUGAGGACCAGAUUAUCCUGGAUGUUACAGAUAAUGAUCUGACUGUGGUUGUUCGAGUGCCAGAGGGCAAGCAGCUGUGGCUGGAUUACAUUCUUGUGGUGCCUGAGGACAGCUACAGCUCUCAGUACCUGCAGGAGGAACCCCUGGACAAGUCGUACGAUUUCAUCAGCAGCUGUGGCAUCAACAGCUUCUACAUCAACCCCAGCACAUCGUCGAGGUUCUGCCGCGACUCUGCCAUCUCACUCUCCCUCUUCUACAACAACGGGGCACAGCCCUGCCGGUGCCACGAGGCAGGGGCACGGGGCAGCCAGUGCGAGCCCUUCGGUGGGCAGUGUCCCUGCAAGUCCAACGUCAUCGGGCGAGAGUGCUCCCGCUGUGCCACCGGCUACUGGGGCUUCCCCAACUGUAGACCCUGCGACUGCGGGACACGUCUGUGCGACGAAGUGACGGGGCAGUGCAUCUGCCCUCCGCACACCCUGAAGCCCGAGUGCGUCGUCUGCGAGCCCCAGACCUUCGGCUGCCACCCCCUCAUCGGCUGCGAGGACUGCAAUUGCUCCCGGCCCGGCGUGCAGGAGCUGACAGAGCCAGGAUGCGACGUGGACAGCGGGCAGUGCAGGUGCAAGCCCAACAUCAUCGGGCGACAGUGUGACCUCUGUGCCCCUGGCUACUACCACUACCCCAACUGCCGGCGGUGCGACUGCCACCAGGCUGGCACCGAAGCAAGCGUGUGCGACCCGGUCACGGGGCACUGUCACUGCAAGGAAAACGUGGAGGGCCCAAGGUGUGACCAGUGCCGCCUGGGGACAUUUUCUUUGGAUGCCAACAACCCCAAGGGCUGCACCAAGUGUUUCUGCUUUGGUGCGACCGAUCGCUGCCGCAGCGCUGAGAAGCACCGAGCUGAGUUUGUGGACAUGAACGGGUGGCUCUUGUUAAGCAGCGACCGCCAGGAAGUGCCGGCGACUCUGAGCCUGCGGGAGCAGCUCCUCCAUGCUGAUCUCAAGAACCUCUUGGAUGUCUACCAGGAACUCUACUGGGUUGCACCCAGCUCCUACCUUGGGGACCGGGUUUCCUCCUAUGGUGGGCACCUGCGCUAUGAGCUGCACUCCGACCCACGGAGGGGUGAUGUGUUCAUUCCCAUGGAGUCUCGACCGGACGUGAUCCUGAAGGGAAAUCAAAUGAGCAUCAUGUUUCUGGAAGGCACCUACCCAUCCCCAGGGGAGGUACACAAAGGCCAGCUACAGCUGGUGGAGGGUAACUUCAGGCAUACAGAGACACACAACCCUGUGUCUAGAGAGGAGCUAAUGAUGGUGCUGGCAAACCUGGAACAGCUGCAGAUCCGGGCGCUCUUCUCCCAGCUCUCUUCAUCCGUGUCCCUGCGCCGUGUGGUCCUGGAGGUGGCAACAGAUACAGCUACAGGCAUCCACGCCAGCAACGUGGAGCUGUGCUUUUGCCCAGCUAACUACCAGGGGGACUCCUGCCAGGAAUGUGCUCCAGGUUACUACAGGGACACCAAGGGGCUCUUUCUGGGAAAAUGCAUCCCGUGUCAUUGCAAUGGCCACUCAGAUCAGUGCCUACCAGGCUCUGGGAUAUGCCUUAACUGCCAGCACAACACGGAGGGAGACCACUGUGAGCGAUGCAAGGAUGGCUACGUGGGCAGCCACUCUGCGGAAGAACCCCAGCAGUGUGUUGGAUGUCCAUGCCCUCUUUCAGUUGCCUCCAACAAUUUUGCCAUCGGUUGUGUCCACAAGGGCUCCAACACGCAGUGUCUCUGCAAGCCUGGCUACGCCGGACCCAACUGUGAGCGGUGUGCCCCAGGAUACUAUGGCAAUCCCUUGGUGAUUGGCAGCUCGUGCCAGCCCUGUGACUGCAGCGGGAACACGGAUCCCAACAUGCUGUUCAGCAGCUGUGACUCCCUGACGGGCACCUGCACGGGGUGCAUGCACCACACGGCCGGCGCGCGGUGCGAGGUCUGUGCCCCCGGCUACUACGGGGAUGCAGUGGCAGCCAAGAACUGCACACAGUGCAACUGUUCACCCUGCGGGACUGACUCCUGCCAUCCACAAACUGGGCAGUGCUUCUGCAAGACUGGAGUGACAGGCCAGCGCUGUGAUCACUGCGAGGAAGGAUACUAUGGCUUCGAGGGAGGCGCCGGCUGCCGGAGGUGUGACUGUGACAUCGGUGCUGUGGGGAGCAGCUGCCACCCACAGACUGGGCAGUGCAGCUGCCUGCCUGGCAUCAGCGGCUCGCGUUGCCACCAGUGUGCCCCGGGCUACUGGGGCUUCAGCGAGAGCGGCUGUACAAAGUGCGAGUGCAGAGGGGGCUCCUGCGACCCACGCACUGGGGAGUGCACCUGCUCCAACGGGCUGACGGGCAAGCAGUGCGACGUCUGCAUGCACAAGUAUGAGAUCCCCGUGGCAAACGGCCCAGACAGCGUGAGGUGUGAAGUGUGCGACAGCUGUGUCCUGCUUCUGCUGGAGGAUCUGCAGAGCAUCGAGAUGUCCUUCCCCUCCAUUCGCAGCCAGCUGGUCAACCUCAAUGCCAGCUCCAUCGCCUGGGCUCGCCUCCACGCUCUCAACAGCACUAUGGCGACUGUCGCUAACCAGCUCCGUGAGUACCAGAGAGCUAUGAACAAGGUCAGGCAAAGGACUGAUGAGCUGGAGGAUGAGAACGUGGACCUCACACAGGACCUGAAUGCGCUGCAGCACAAAAUGACAAUGACCCACAGAGAAGCAAACCGGAUUGAGCAGCACACGAGGGAGACUCACCAGAGGGGGGAGCAGCUCCUGCUAAAUAUCCAAAGCAUUCAGAAAGGCAUCUCAGACUUGGUGCAGCAGAUGGCCAGAUUUGGGGCAGCAAACGCCAGCACCACCUCCACCGAGGAGUUUCGGCAGAAGAUGGCCGAGGUGGAGAGAAUGCUGAGGGAGAUGAAGGAGCGGAGUCUGGGCAGCCAGGAGGAGCUGGCAAGGCGCGAGCAUGAGGAGGCUCAGAAACUGCUGCAUCAGGUGAAGAGUGAGCUGCACACCCGUUGGGAGUCCAACCAGGACCUGGUGAACAGCAUCCAGGACCGGCUGGCGCAUCACAGCUCCCAGCUGAUGGAUCUCAGAGAUGCCCUCAACGAGGCUGUGAACAAAACCAGGCAGACAGAGGACUUGAACAGCCUGAACCGAAAUAACCUGGAGGAGAGUCAGCAAAAGAGCCGUGAACUCCAGAAGCAGCAUGCGCUGGUGCAGGAGACCCUGAGAAUGGCCAAGGACUCUCUGGCCCAGGUCUCCGAUUUCCUACAGAAGAUGGAAAGUGCAAAGGAGGCGUACGAGAAGCUGGCAGCCUUGCUGGAUGGGGCAAAGCUGCCCCUCACUGAGAGGGUCAAGAAAUUCUCCCCAGCCAGCAGCAAGAUCCCCAUCGUGGAGCAGGCGGAGGAGCAUGCCCGGCUUCUGGAUGAGCUCGCAAAGAACCUGUCCAGCAUUAUCCAGGGAACAAACCAGGAUGGCUUUAUCCAGCGGGCGAUCGAUGCCUCCAAUGCCUACGCCAGCAUCAUUGAAGCUGUGAAAAAAGCCGAGCGAGCAGCCCACGAUGCUGAUGAGGCAGCCAGCAAGGCUUUGAUGAGUGUCAUAUCAGAAAAUCUCGGGGCCAUCUCUAAAGAGCUGAAGAGGAACAGCAGCAACCUGGAGGAGGCUGUGAAGAGACAGCAGAGAAGACUCAACGGGGGUGAGAGAGGCCUCUUGCAGGGCACUCUGCAGACAGCAAAGGACAAGCUGGCUGACCUCCGUGUGAAGAAGGAGCAGCUCCUGAGCCAGCUCCAGUCUGUGCAGGACAUGCUGGGCAGGGACCAAGAGGACACAAAAGAGAUGAUCCAGAAUGCCAAAGAGGCAGCUGCUGAGGCCAACGAAACAGCUGCGAGAGUGGAAGAUACCCUGAGCAGCAUGAAGAAGAAUCUGGAUGAGUGGAGAGACCAGUAUGGAGACCUUCGAAAUGAAGACCUGAACCAGGCAGUCCAGGAUGCCAGGAAAUCUGUGUCCAGCCUGGAAAGCACCAUCCCACUGCUGCUGGGGAAGCUGAGCAGCCUGGAGAACAGGAGGAACAAAAACGCCACCGUGUCCGAGAACAUUGUGCGAAUCCGGCAGCUCAUCACGCAGGCGAGGAACGCCGCCAGCAAGGUGAAAGUCCCCAUGAAGUUCAAUGGCAGCUCAGGUGUGCAGGUCCGGAUGCCCAGCAACCUGCAGGAUUUGGCAGCCUAUACAUCCCUCAAAUUCUACAUCCAAAACCCUGAGCCCAGGAGCCGGCAGCGACGGCAGGACGGGACAGAGGAGGGGCGGUUCGUGUUGUACCUGGGCAGCCGGGAGGCUGCUGGAGACUACCUGGGCAUUGUGCUCAAGGACCACAAAGUGCAGUGGGUCUACAAACUGGGCGACGAGGAGCCAGCCUCCCUAACUGUCGAUGAGGAUAUUGGAGAGCAGUUUGCCACCAUCAGCAUCAACAGGAUCCUGCAGUAUGGGCACAUGUCAGUGAUCGUGGAGAGGCAGACGGUGCACGAGACCAAGGGAGACAGUGUGGCCAAAGGGGAGCAGGGGCUGCGGAAUUUCAACGUGGUCUUCUACGUGGGUGGCUACCCCUCCAGCUUCACGCCUCCUCCCACUUUGCGCUAUCCCAACUACCGCGGGUGCCUGGAGCUGGACACACUGAACGAGGAGGUGGUGAGCCUGUACAACUUCCAACGCACCUUCCAGCUGGAUACCACCACUGAGAAGCCCUGCGCAAGGUCCAAGUCCACAGGAGACCCCUGGUUGACUGACGGCUCCUACUUUGAUGGCACUGGUUACGCAGAGAUCAAGUUUGAGAGCCAGUUUGGCACAACCAAGCGCUUCGAGCAGGAGAUCCGUGUGGUCUCCUACAAUGGCAUACUCUUCUUCCUGGAAAACCAGGGUCAGUUCCUGUGUCUGGCCAUCCGGGAUGGGAAGCUGGUGCUGUACUAUGACUUCAGCACCGGUCUGGAGAUGGCAAAACCCAGCAGCAAUUCCUCCUCCCUCACCAUCAGCAGCACCACAAACAAAGCGAUCCAGAUUUUCCUCCUCAAAAUGAAUAACAAGAAGCGCAUCCUGGUGAGACUGGAGCGCCUCACCAUCUUCAUGGUGGAGCAGGAGAACUCCCUGGAGAACGCUGUCUCCUACUACCUGGGUGGUGUGCCCCCAGCUGUGCUGCCUCCCAGCUUGAAAGCACUCUUCCCCACGGGUGGGCCCAUCCGGGGCUGCAUGAAGGGCUUGAAGGCUCUUGGCAAAUACGUUGACCUGAAGCGCAUGAGCACCGUCGGCGUUAGCUACGGGUGCACCUCGGACCUCCUGGUGGCUCGCUCAGUCAGCAUCCAUGGCCAUGGCUACCUGACUCUGGCCCUGAAGGAUGUGCCAGGCUUGCGGGACUUCUACAGUGGCUUCAGCUUCCAGACGAGCCAGCACGAGGGGCUACUCUACCAACAUGCCACUCAGGAGGGGACGUGCCAGGUGUCCCUCCAGAGGGGCCAGCUGACCUUGAACCUCCUGGAAACCGAAGUCACCACUGGAAAUGCCUAUGCGGAUGACAGGACCCACUACGUGGCCUUCUAUAGCGAUGCCAGUGGGGUCCGGCUGUACGUGGACGACGAGCUCGCGCUCGGCAACCUCACCGGCUGCAUCGGGAACGUCUUCGUCAAGCGGAUGUCAGAGCCACAGAUGGUGGUGGACCUGCAGCAGAACGUGGAGAGCAUCAACGUCACCAUGAGCUGUCCCUGGGGCGAGCAGCCGCAGCAGCUCAGAGUCACUCUGAAGAAGGACAGGAGGAAACCCAAGGUGCCAGGCAAGCCUGCCUCGAAGGACCGCCGCCACGAUCGGGAUGGGCUCUGCCAGCUGCACCCAUGGCCCCGCACAGCUGCGGGCACCUUCCGCUUCGGGGGUGCCUCAAGCAGUCGCUGGGAGUUUGAGGAGAUCCCGGCCUCCUUUGGCCAGAGGUCCCACUUCUCCCUGGAGGUGAAGCUGAACUCCUCCAGUGGGCUGCUCUUCUAUGUGGCGGGCGAGCGGGGCACCUUCAUGGCUCUCUUCAUCUCCAAUGGGCGUUUUGUCUUCCUGGUGGAUGUCGGUGGGCGCCGGCUGCGCAUCCGCAGCAAAGACAAGUACCGUGACCGGCGGUGGCACACGGUCUUCUUCAGCAGAGACCAAAGCCGAGCUCAGCUGGUCAUCGAUGGGCUACGAGCCCGGGGGGUUGCAGUGGCCACCGCAGGGCUCUUUGUGGCCCGGACCCCCUUGUAUGUUGGGGGGGUCCCAGCUGGAAAAGCCAAGGCUCACAUACCGGUUGCAUCAAUCUCCAGCUUUGAUGGCUGCCUGAGGAACCCACAGCUGGACGGGAGGCCCCUGGGUCCCCCCUCACGCACCUUCGGGGUGACACCAUGCUAUGAGGGCGCUCUGGAGAGUGGGGUCUUCUUUGCUGCAGACGGCGGGUCCAUCAUCCUGGCUGAUGCGGUGGUGACGGAGCAGGACUUGGAGGUGACACUGGAGGUCCGUCCCCGCAGUGCCUCUGGCAUCAUCUUCCACAUUGGCACGAGAAGAAGCCACCAUCUCAUGCUGUACAUGGAGGAGACAAAGGUCACUGUGAGAGCAAACGCUGGGGCUGACGAGUUCUCUGCAGCGGUGACAUGCCCAUCUCUCUGCGACGGGCAGUGGCACACCAUCGCAGUCACCAAAUGGAAAAACAUAAUCCAGGUUGAUGUGGACACGGAGGGCAACUACACAGUGGGACCCAGCCAGCCUCCUGCACCCAGCACAAGGGCAACCUUCUACGUGGGAGGGCUACCAGCGACAGCCAAGGCCAGCGCAAUGUCACCCUCACCGCCCCUCCCUCAUUACAUGGGCUGUAUAAGGAACUUGGUGAUUAACCGGAGCCACGUGGACCUGCUGCAAGCUGGGACUGUCAGGGGCUCUGUCGGCCUCAAAGGUUGCCCUGUGCUGUAA